AUGAGCAACUACGGGAACUGGAGGACACACUACCUCAGAGGAGCCGGCAACGCAUACUACGUGGACUAUAACCAGAAGAAGGAUAAUGGCGACGCUUUGACGGUUUCUGAGGCACAUGGGUAUGGGAUGCUUCUGGCAGUCUACCACGACUGCCGCGACGACUUUGACGGCCUCGUGCGCUACUUUGACCUAUUCGUCAAUCCAAAAGGCCUGAUGGGCUGGCAGCAGAAACGAGACAGGCACAACAACAUCGUUCCUGCUAAAGACGGUGACACCGAUGGGACCGGUUCGGCGACCGAUGGCGACAUCGAUAUCGCUCACGCGCUGUUCUUGGCUGCUGAUAAAUGGCCGGGAGCUCCUGAUGGACGGGGACCCAGCGAGUACUUCCAGAGGGCUGUGAAUCUGUGUGGUGCCAUUUUUGAGUAUACUGUGAACAAGGACCUGUGGGUCUUCACUUUGGGCGAUUGGGUGGAUCGGAGCGAUCAGAAGGUGAAGGAAGCUUCUGUUUUCUGGAACCUUACGCGAACAUCCGACUUUAUCCUCGCCGCCGUCCACACCUUUGCCGCCAAAGACGUCGCCCGCCGAGACGGGUGGGAGCGCCUCCGCCAAGGCCUAGUCACCUGCCUCCUCCAGCUUCACGCCGAGAACCCCAUAGGCCUGCUCCCCGACUUCGCAGAAUACAAACACGGCCACUGGCGCGCCGUGCAUGGACAGGUCCUGGAAAGCAAGCACGAUGGCGAUUUCCAUUACAAUUCCUGCAGGACCCCGUGGCGGCUGGCGGCGUAUUUGAAGGUGUCGGGGGACCAGAGGUUGUUGCCUAUUUUGCAGGGGAUGGUUAGGUUCUUUGAGGGGCAGAAGAUGAUUCACGCUGGAUAUAAACUGAACGGCAAACACUACGUGGACUACAGCGACAGGGCGUUCACCGCACCAGCGUGGAUGGCGCUGCAUAUGAUGGGGUCAUCGCAUGCCCGGCGCGUAUGGGAGUCACUGGGUGACGACGAGGAUGCGUACUUUGGGGAUUCGAUAGCGAUGCUGUGUCAAGCCCAGCUAUGA